AAUGACAGCGCGACACCCUGCAGGGGGAGCAAUGAAUAUAUCAGUUGUUACAUUUGUAUACCUGCCAAGCUCCUCCCAUUAGAAUUCCCGACUGUCCAAUGACCAUCCAACCCAAGGAAUUCUGUGCACCGCUCCGGCUUUCAACCUGCUGCCUCCGCCACAACUCUCCAUCCAGCUGACUAUUACACGGGCAACCAUGGCUGAAGGUGGAGAAAGCGAGGAUGAAGUCCAGUUCUUACGAACUGCUGACGAGGUUGUGCUGCAGUGUUCUGCGACGGUCCACAAAGAACAGCAGAAGCUCUGCCUGGCUGCAGAGGGCUUUGGCAACAGACUUUGCUUUCUUGAGUCCACCUCAAAUUCCAAGAAUGUUCCUCCAGACCUCUCAAUCUGCACCUUUGUACUGGAGCAGUCUCUCUCCGUGCGGGCCCUUCAGGAGAUGCUGGCCAACACCGAGGAGAAAGCAGAAGGGAAAUUUAUGAUGAAGACCGCACAUGGGGGAGGUCACCGGACUCUUCUCUAUGGACACGCUGUCCUGCUCAGGCACUCAUAUAGUGGAAUGUAUCUGUGUUGUUUGUCUACUUCGAGCUCUUCAACUGACAAACUGGCAUUCGACGUGGGCUUGCAGGAAGAUACGACAGGAGAGCCCUGCUGGUGGACAAUACACCCUGCCUCCAAACAGAGGUCCGAAGGGGAAAAGGUUAGAGCUGGAGACGACCUCAUCUUAGUCAGUGUUUCUUCAGAAAGGUAUCUGCAUUUAUCAUAUGGGAACGGCAGCCUGCACGUUGAUGCUGCCUUCCAGCAAACCCUCUGGAGCGUGGCACCAAUUUGCUCUGGGAGUGAAGUUGCACAAGGUUACCUCAUUGGAGGUGACGUGCUGAGGUUACUGCAUGGUCACAUGGACGAGUGUCUGACUGUACCUUCAGGAGAACAUGGGGAAGAGCAACGAAGGACUGUCCAUUACGAAGGUGGAGCCGUGUCUAUUCAUGCUCGAUCGCUCUGGAGGUUGGAGACUCUGCGAGUUGCGUGGAGUGGAAGCCAUAUCAGAUGGGGACAGCCAUUCCGUCUGAGGCACGUCACCACAGGAAAAUAUCUGAGCCUCAUGGAUGACAAAAGCCUUCUUCUCAUGGACAAAGAAAAAGCAGGCGUGAAAUCCACGGCAUUCUGCUAUCGGUCUUCCAAGGAAAAGUUGGAUUUGGGGAUAAAGAAGGAAAUGGAUGGGAUGGGAGUACCAGAGAUAAAGUACGGAGAUUCGGUGUGCUACAUCCAGCAUGUGGACACCUGCCUAUGGCUCACCUACCAGUCAGUGGAUGCUAAAUCUGUAAGGAUGGGAGCUGUGCAGCGCAAGGCUAUAAUGCAUCACGAAGGUCACAUGGAUGAUGGGUUAACACUGUCCAGAUCACAGCAUGAGGAGUCCCGGACAGCUCGGGUCAUUCGCAGCACUGUCUUCCUUUUCAACAGAUUCAUCAGGGGUCUUGAUGCCUUGAGCAAGAAAGGAAAAUCAUCCAGCAUAGAUUUGCCAAUCGAAUCAGUCAGCUUGAGUCUGCAGGACUUGAUAGGCUAUUUUCAGCCACCUGAUGAGCAUCUAGAACAUGAAGACAAACAGAACAGGCUACGGACGCUAAAGAACCGACAGAAUCUCUUCCAGGAAGAGGGUAUGAUUAACCUGGUUCUUGAAUGCAUCGACCGCCUACAUGUGUACAGCAGUGCUGCUCAUUUUGCUGAUGUAGCUGGAAAAGAAGCAGGAGAGGCCUGGAAGUCUAUACUAAACUCAUUAUAUGAGUUACUGGCUGCCCUGAUAAGAGGAAAUCGCAAAAAUUGUGCCCAGUUCUCAGGCUCUCUUGAUUGGUUAAUCAGCCGGCUGGAGAGAUUAGAAGCAUCCUCUGGGAUUCUGGAAGUUUUACACUGUGUACUUGUGGAAAGUCCUGAAGCUCUCAAUAUCAUCAAAGAAGGCCAUAUAAAAUCUAUAAUUUCUCUUCUUGACAAACAUGGGAGAAAUCAUAAGGUUUUGGAUGUAUUGUGUUCCCUGUGUGUGUGCCAUGGUGUAGCUGUACGUUCCAACCAGCAUCUCAUCUGUGACAACUUACUGCCAGGAAGGGAUCUUUUGUUGCAGACACGUCUUGUCAACCAUGUCAGCAGCAUGCGGCCAAAUAUCUUCCUGGGAAUCAGUGAAGGCUCUGCCCAGUACAGGAAGUGGUACUACGAACUAAUAGUGGAUCACGUUGAAACGUUCGUAACCGCAGAGGCCACUCACCUGCGAGUUGGCUGGGCCUCUACAGACGGGUAUUCUCCGUAUCCAGGGGGCGGGGAAGGCUGGGGCGGCAACGGCGUUGGAGACGACCUUUACUCCUACGGCUUUGAUGGCCUGCACCUAUGGUCAGGCUGCAUUGCCCGGACAGUAAACUCACCCAACCAGCACCUUCUGAGAGUCGAUGAUGUGGUCAGCUGCUGCCUGGACCUGAGCGCCCCGAGUAUCUCGUUCCGGAUCAACGGGCAGCCUGUUCAAGGCAUGUUCGAGAAUUUCAACUCAGACGGCCUCUUUUUCCCUGUUGCCAGCUUCUCUGCUGGAGUAAAAAUACGCUUCCUCCUGGGAGGUCGCCAUGGGGAAUUCAAGUUCCUGCCUCCUCCUGGUUACGCUCCCUGCUUCGAAGCCCUGCUACCCCGAGAGAAGAUGAGACUGGAACCCAGCAGGGUAUACAAACAAGACCACAAUGGCAGGCGGGACCUGCUGGGGCCGACCGUCACCCUCACACUAGCUGCCUUCACACCCACGCCCGUGGACACAAGUCAGAUUAUAUUGCCACCUCACUUGGAGCGAAUUCGUGAAAAACUGGCGGAAAACAUCCAUGAACUCUGGGUUACGAACAAGAUUGAGCUUGGCUGGACCUAUGGAUCUGUCAGAGAUGACAACAAAAGACAACACCCGUGUCUGGUGGAGUUCUGCAAGCUGCCAGAGCAAGAGCGGAAUUACAACUUACAGAUGUCUCUCGAGACGCUCAAGACCCUUCUUGCUUUAGGCUGCCAUGUAGGAAUUGCUGAUGAGCAUGCAGAGGAAAAAGUGAAGAACCUCAAGCUCCCACCUAACUACGAGCUUUCAAGUGGGUACAAGCCAGCCCCCAUGGAUCUGGGCCACCUAAAACUGACUUCAACCCAGGAAGCCAUGGUGGAUAAGCUGGCUGAGAAUGCCCACAAUGUCUGGGCCCGGGACCGCAUUCGGCAAGGCUGGACUUAUGGGAUCCAGCAGGAUGUAAAGAACAGAAGAAACCCUCGUCUUGUUCCCUACACUCUUCUGGAUGAACGGACUAAGAAGUCCAACAAGGACAGUCUAAGAGAGGCGGUGCGCACGGUCCUGGGGUACGGCUACAAUUUGGAGGCUCCGGACCAAGACCACGCUGCAAGAUCUGACAUUGGAGGUAUUUCAGCAGAGAGGUUCCGUAUUUUUCGUGCUGAGAAGACCUACGCUGUGAACGCUGGCAAAUGGUACUUUGAGUUUGAAGCAGUGACUGCUGGUGAGAUGCGUGUCGGCUGGGCAAAACCUGGGUGCCUGCCAGAUCAAGAGCUGGGCUCAGAUGACCAGGCCUUUGUGUUUGAUGGUUUUAAGGCUCAGCGGUGGAACCAGGGUAAUGAGCACUUUGGUCGCUCCUGGCAGUCUGGAGAUGUUGUCGGCUGUAUGGUAGACUUGAACGAGCACACCAUGAUGUUUACAUUGAACGGCGAAGUCCUACUCGAUGACUCAGGUUCAGAACUUGCUUUCAAGGACGUUGAAGUUGUGGAAGGUUUUAUUCCGGUAUGCAGUCUCAGAGUUUGUCAGGUGGGCAGGAUGAAUUUUGGGAAGGAUGUCAGCACCCUCAAGUACUUCACAAUCUGCGGAUUACAAGAAGGCUACGAACCCUUUGCAGUCAACAUGAACAGGGACAUUACCAUGUGGUUAAGCAAAAGGCUGCCUCAGUUCAUCCCAGUCCCUUCAAACCACGAGCACAUUGAGGUGACGAGAAUAGAUGGGACCAUUGACAGCUCACCAUGUUUGAAGGUUACUCAGAAGUCAUUUGGAUCUCAAAACAGCCACACUGAAAUUUUUUUCUACCGCCUGAGCAUGCCGGUGGAGUGUGCAGAGAGCUUUACUAGAACAGCAGGGGGCAGUCUCAGCAGCAGCUUCUUCUCACCAAAGAAGGACCUUGAGGACUUUGAUGCAGAUUCUGACUUUGAAGUCCUCAUGAAAACUGCCCACGGGCACUUGGGCUCCAAUGGGCCAGAGAAAGAGAAGGAAAGUUUGAAGGACGAGUUCAACAAUCAUAAAGAUUACACACAAGAGAAACCGUCUCGACUGAAACAGAGGUUCUUGUUGAAAAGAACAAAGCCAGACUACAGCACAAAUCACGCCUCAGCACGUCUCUCUGAAGAUGUACUGGCAGAUGACAGAGAUGACUUUGAAUAUCUGAUGCAGACAUCAACGUACUAUUACUCUGUGAGAAUCUUUCCUGGUCAGGAGCCUACGAAUGUCUGGGUUGGCUGGGUUACCUCUGAUUUUCACCAGUACGACCAAGCCUUUGAACUGGAGAAGAUUCGGACAGUGACUGUCACGCUGGGGGAUGAAAAGGGGAAGGUCCACGAAAGUAUCAAGCGCAGCAACUGCUACAUGGUGUGGGCAGGAGAGAGCACAAGCCCAGGACAAGGCCGCAAUAAUAACGGCUUGGAAAUAGGCUGCUUGGUGGACACUUCCACUGGCUUACUGACGUUCACUGCCAAUGGCAAAGAGAUGAGUCCUUACUAUCAGGUGGAACCCAGCACCAAGCUAUUCCCUGCAGUGUUUGCUCAGGCAACCAGCCCCAAUGUUUUUCAGUUUGAACUUGGAAGGAUUAAGAAUGUAAUGCCUCUCUCAGCAGGGCUUUUUAAAAGUGAGCGUAAAAACCCCACUCCGCAGUGCCCGCCCCGGUUGCAUGUGCAGUUCCUGACCCCGGUUCUCUGGAGUCGGGUACCAAAUCACUUCCUCAAGGUGGAGACCUCCAGGGUCAGCGAGCGACAUGGCUGGCUGGUGCAGUGCUCAGAGGCGCUGCAGUUCAUGUGUCUGCACAUUCCAGAGGAAAACAGGUCUAUUGAUAUCUUGGAACUCACAGAACAAGAGGAACUGCUGAAAUUCCACUACCACGCAUUGCGUCUGCACUCGGCCGUCUGCGCACUGGGAAACAACAGGGUGGCCCACGCCCUGUGCAGCCACUUGGAUGAGGCUCAGCUCCUGUAUGCCAUUGAAAACAAGUACAUGCCGGGCUUGCUCAGGACAGGCUACUAUGACCUGCUCAUUGACAUCCACCUCAGCACUUACGCUACAGCCCGCCUCAUGAUGAACAACGAAUACAUUGUCCCCAUGACGGAGGAAACCAAAAGCAUCACCCUGUUCCCAGAUGAGAAAAAAAAACAUGGGCUCCCGGGUAUAGGCCUCAGUACCUCCCUCAGACCCAGGAUGCGCUUCUCCUCACCCAGUUUUGUAAGAGUUAGUGGGGAAUACUUCCAGUACAGCCCUGAGUUCCCCCUGGAGGUCCUAAAGACCAAAACCAUCGAAAUGCUGACAGAGGCUGUACAGGAAGGCAGCCUUCACGUGCGGGACCCUGUGGGGGGCAGCACUGAGUUUCUCUUUGUGCCCCUCAUUAAGCUGUUUUACACUUUGCUCAUAAUGGGUGUCUUCCACAAUGGGGACCUGAAGAACAUCCUGCAGCUCAUUGAGCCCAGCGUCUUCUCUGAGGAGACAAGCCAGGAGGAGGCUGAGGAUCCAGAGUGUGAUGGGAUCAAAGGAGCGCUGAGGAUAGAAGGCCUGGGGGGAGAAGAGGAACUCAAGUCUGAGAAAGUCCCCAAAAAAGGUUUGCUGCAGAUGAAGCUUCCGGAGCCAGUAAAACUCCAGAUGUGCCAUUUGCUACAAUAUCUAUGUGACUGCCAGGUGCGCCACCGCAUUGAGGCUGUUGUGGCAUUUUCAGAUGACUUCGUAGCCAGCCUCCAGGAUAACCAGCGUUUCCGCUACAAUGAAGUGAUGCAGGCUUUAAACAUGUCUGCAGCGCUGACCGCCAGAAAAACUAAAGAAUUCCGCUCUCCUCCUCAGGAACAGAUAAACAUGCUGCUGAAUUUCAAAGACGAAAAGCAAGACUGCCCAUGCCCUGAAGAUAUUCGUGAGCUGCUACUUGACUUCCAUGAAGACCUAAUGAUUCACUGUGGUAUCGAACUUGAUGAUGAUAGAGCUAAUGAAGGGGACUGUGAUUUCACCAUAAGAGGCCGUCUCCUAUACCUGGUAGAGAAAGUGGCCUACCUGAAAAACAAAAUGUCUGACUUACCAAAGAAAAAGAAAGCAAAGAAGCCAAGUACUUUGCAGCAGUUAAUAUCGGAGACCAUGGUACGGUGGGCCCAGGAGUCUGUGAUAGAAGACCCAGAGCUGGUCAGAGCCAUGUUUGUGCUCUUGCACAGGCAGUACGAUGGUGUAGGUGGACAGGUGCAGGCAUUGCCCAAGACAUACACCAUCAAUUCUGUCUCUGUGGAGGACACAAUAAACCUACUGGCUUCCCUGGGACAAAUCCGCUCGCUGCUCAGCGUACGCAUGGGGAAGGAGGAGGAGAAACUUAUGAUCCGUGGCCUUGGAGAUAUUAUGAACAAUAAAGUGUUCUAUCAACACCCCAACCUUAUGAGAGCCUUGGGGAUGCAUGAAACAGUGAUGGAAGUCAUGGUAAACGUCCUUGGAGGAGGGGAAUCAAAAGAAAUCACUUUUCCUAAGAUGGUGGCCAAUUGCUGCCGUUUCUUGUGCUAUUUUUGCCGCAUCAGUAGGCAAAACCAGAAAGCUAUGUUCGAUCACCUUAGUUAUUUGUUGGAAAAUAGCAGUGUUGGACUAGCAUCUCCUUCAAUGCGAGGGUCUACUCCUCUGGAUGUUGCUGCUGCUUCAGUGAUGGAUAAUAAUGAACUUGCCUUAGCCUUAAGGGAGCCUGACCUAGAGAAAGUUGUGCAGUACUUGGCGGGAUGUGGUUUGCAAAGCUGCUCCAUGCUGGUUUCUAAAGGGUACCCAGAUAUUGGCUGGAAUCCAGUGGAGGGGGAGCGGUACCUAGAUUUUCUCAGAUUUGCUGUGUUCUGCAAUGGAGAGAGUGUUGAAGAGAAUGCCAACGUAGUUGUCAGGCUGUUGAUUCGUCGGCCGGAGUGUUUUGGCCCAGCUUUGCGCGGAGAAGGUGGGAAUGGUCUUCUUGCUGCCAUGGAGGAAGCCAUUAAGAUCUCAGAAGAUCCUGCCAGAGACGGACCCUCGCCGACUUCUGGAUCCAGCAGAACCCUGGACAUAUUGGAUGAAGAAGAUGACACUAUACAUACGGGGAAUGCCAUCAUGACCUUCUAUGCUGCUCUUAUUGACCUCCUUGGCCGCUGUGCUCCUGAAAUGCAUCUUAUCCAUGCUGGAAAGGGUGAGGCUAUAAGGAUACGAGCCAUUCUCCGAUCCCUGAUUCCUAUUGAAGACCUUGAGGGAGUCAUCAGCAUUCCUUUUCCAAUGCCAACACUAGCUAAAGAUGGUACAGUGGUGGAGCCUGACAUGUCAGCUGGCUUUUGCCCUGAUCAUAAGGCAGCCAUGGUCCUGUUCCUGGACCGAGUGUACGGAAUUGAAGACCAGAACUUCCUUCUGCAUCUUCUGGAAGUCGGCUUUCUCCCUGACCUCCGUGCAGCUGCCUCUUUAGAUACGGCUGCCCUUAGUGCUACAGACAUGGCGCUAGCUUUGAACCGGUACUUGUGCACAGCGGUGUUGCCUUUACUCACUAAGUGUGCCCCCCUGUUUGCCGGCACUGAGCCCUUCGCAUCCCUCAUCGAUUCCUUACUGCACACUGUGUACAGGCUCUCCAAGGGCUGCUGCCUCACCAAAGCCCAGAGAGACUCAAUUGAAGAGUGCCUGCUGGCUGCCUGUGGCCAGUUGAGACCAUCUAUGAUGCAACAUCUUCUCAGAAGGUUGGUUUUUGAUGUUCCUCUUUUGAAUGAACACACAAAAAUGCCCCUUAAGUUGCUGACUAACCAUUACGAGCGAUGUUGGAAAUACUACUGCCUGCCUGGAGGAUGGGGGAACUUUGGAGCGGCCUCCGAGGAAGAGCUUCACCUGUCCAGAAAGUUGUUCUGGGGAAUAUUUGAUGCCCUGUCUCAGAAGGAAACAGCAUUUUCUACUAAACAGUAUAUAAGGAUGCCAUUUAGUACGAGGUACGAGCAGGAGCUGUUUAAGCUGGCUCUCCCCUGCCUGAGCGCUGUGGCCGGGGCACUGCCUCCAGAUUACAUGGAGUCCAACUACGUGGUCAUGAUGGAGAAACAGUCUUCGAUGGACGCUGAGGGAAACUUCAACCCACAACCUGCUGAUACCUCAAAUGUAAAUGUUCCAGAAAAACUGGAUUACUUCAUUAACAAAUAUGCAGAACAUUCUCAUGAAAAAUGGUCAAUGGAGAAGUUUGCGAAUGGUUGGGUUUAUGGAGAACCCAUGUGUGAGGCUACCAAGGUCCACCCUCUAUUGAAACCAUACAAACUGCUUGUGGAGAAGGAGAAGGAGGUGUACCGAUGGCCUAUUAAGGAGUCUUUAAAAACAAUGCUUGCCUGGGGGUGGAGCAUUGAGAGGACAAGAGAAGGGGAUACCAUGGGCUUACAUAACCGAGCACGUAGAAUAUCACAGUCCAGUCAGUUAAAACCAAAAAGAUGGAUUUCCACAGACACUACACAUGGUUACAGUCCACAGCCAAUUGAUAUGAGCAAUGUGACAUUGUCCAGAGAUCUGCAUUCAAUGGCAGAGCUCCUGGCUGAGAACUACCACAACAUCUGGGCAAAAAAGAAAAAACUAGAGCUGGAAGCCAAAGGCAGCAAUUUGUUGUUAACUGAUGAAGGGGGAGGAAGCCAUCCUUUGCUGGUGCCCUAUGAUACAUUAACAGCCAAAGAAAAAUUCAAAGACAGAGAAAAAGCACAAGAGAUCCUCAAGUUCUUUCAGAUAAAUGGAUGCAUUGUUUCAAGGGGUCUGAAGGAACUUGAAUUAGACACACCUUCAAUUGAGAAACGCUUUGCCUACAGCUUCCUCCAGCAGCUCAUCAGAUAUGUGGACGAGGCACAUCAGCAUAUGCUGGAGUUCGAUAUUUGCACUCCAGGUAAAGGGGGAAAGAUUCCUCAUGAGCAAGAAAUCAAGUUCUUUGGGAAGGUUGUUCUUCCAUUAGUUGAUCAGUACUUCAAGAAUCAUCGUCUCUACUUUCUGUCCACUGUCAGCCGACCUCUCAGCAGUGGAGGCCAUGCCUCCAACAAGGAGAAGGAGAUGGUAACUAGCCUGUUCUGCAAACUUGGAGUUCUUGUCAGACAUAGGAUAUCACUGUUUGGAAAUGAUGCAGCAUCUAUAGUGAACUGUCUUCACAUAUUGGGCCAAACUCUGGACGCCAGGACGGUAAUGAAGACUGGCUUGGAGACGGUGAAGGCUGCUUUGCGGGCAUUUUUUGAAAAUUCAGCUGAGGACCUGGAGCAGACGAUGGAGAAUCUAAAGCUCGGCCAGUUCACCCACACCAGAAUGCAGCCCAAAGGUGUCACCCAGAUCAUCAGCUACACUACCGGCGCCCUCCUGCCUGUCCUGUCCUCGCUAUUUGAGCAUGUUGGGCAGAACCAGUUUGGAGAAGACCUCAUAUUAGAUGAUGUUCAGGUGUCAUGCUACAGGAUACUUGGCAGCUUGUAUGCAUUGGGCACUUGCAAAAGUAUUUAUGUAGAAAGACAGCGGCCAGCACUUGGAGAAUGUCUUGCUGCCUUUGCUGUUGCCUUCCCAGUGUCGUUUAUGGAGCCUCACUUGAACAAGCAUAACCCCUAUUCCAUAUACAACACCAAAGGGUCAAGAGAAAGAGCAGCUUUGAACUUGCCUGCCCGGGUUGAGGAAGUAUGUCUGAAUAUCCCUUCCUUGGAGAAAUCCUUGGAGGAGAUAAUGGAGCUGGCUGAGUCUGGGAUUCGGUACACCCAGAUGCCGCACGUGAUGGAGGUGGUGCUGCCAAUGCUGUGCAGUUACAUGUCUCACUGGUGGGAACAUGGGCCUGAAAACAACCCAGAGAAAAUGGACAUGUGCUGCACAGCGCUGACAUCGGAACACAUGAACACACUGCUGGGGAACAUCCUGAAGAUCAUCUACAACAACCUAGGCAUCGAUGAGGGAGCUUGGAUGAAGCGACUGGCAGUAUUCUCCCAGCCAAUCAUUGGCAAAGCCAAGCCGCAGCUCCUGAAGACCCACUUCCUGCCCUUGAUGGAGAAGCUGAAGAAGAAGGCUGCGACAGUGCUGCUGGAUGAGGAACACAUGAAAGCAGAGGGGCGAGGGGACAUGUCUGAGGCUGAGCUGCUCAUUCUGGACGAGUUCACCAUCCUCGCCCGGGAUCUCUAUGCCUUCUACCCGCUACUCAUCAGAUUCGUGGAUUACAACAGAGCCAAGUGGUUGAAAGAACCCAACCCAGAGGCAGAAGAAUUAUUUCGCAUGGUGGCUGAAGUGUUCAUAUUCUGGGCAAAAUCACACAAUUUCAAAAGGGAAGAGCAGAACUUUGUGGUCCAGAAUGAAAUCAACAAUAUGUCUUUUUUGAUCACCGACACCAAGUCGAAAAUGUCAAAGGGCGCAGUUUCAGAUCAGGAGAGAAAGAAGCUGAAACGAAAGGGAGACCGCUAUUCUCUACAGACCUCGCUCAUUGUAGCUGCACUAAAGAGACUGCUUCCUGUGGGUUUAAAUAUUUGUGCACCUGGAGAUCAAGAACUUAUUGCAUUGGCAAAGAACAGAUUCAGUUUGAAAGACACAGAGGACGAAGUAAGAGAUAUUAUUCGUAAUAAUCUUCAUCUUCAGGGAAAGCUGGAGGAUCCUGCUAUCAGGUGGCAGAUGGCUCUGUACAAAGACUUGCCUAACAGAACAGAAGACACGUCGGAUCCUGAGAAAACAGUGGAGCGUGUGUUAGAUAUAGCACAUGUGUUGUUUCAUCUUGAGCAGGUUGAACAUCCUCAGAGAAGCAAGAAAGCAGUGUGGCACAAACUGUUGUCCAAGCAGAGGAAAAGGGCAGUGGUGGCCUGUUUCAGGAUGGCACCUUUGUAUAAUUUGCCAAGGCAUCGGGCUGUGAACCUCUUCCUCCAAGGGUAUGAGAAGUCAUGGAUUGAAACAGAGGAACACUAUUUUGAAGACAAACUAAUUGAGGAUUUAGCUAAACCAGGAAGAGAAGAACCCCCAGAAGAAGAUGAGGGAACAAAACCAAUUGACCCUCUACACCAACUCAUCUUACUGUUUAGUAGGACUGCACUGACUGAGAAGUGUAAGCUGGAGGAAGACUUCCUUUACAUGGCCUAUGCUGACAUCAUGGCAAAGAGCUGUCAUGAUGAAGAAGAAGAGGAUGGAGAAGAAGUGAAAAGCUUUGAAGAAAAAGAAGUGGAAAAGCAGAAGCUUCUCUACCAGCAGGUCAGGCUUCAUGACCGAGGGGCGGCAGAGAUGGUGCUGCAGAUGAUUAGUGCCAGCAAAGGUGAAAUGGGUCCAAUGGUAGCAUCUACUUUGAAGCUUGGAAUUGCCAUAUUAAAUGGUGGAAAUUCUACGGUACAGCAGAAAAUGCUUGAUUAUCUGAAGGACAAAAAGGAUGUUGGCUUCUUUCAAAGCCUGGCUGGUCUCAUGCAGUCUUGCAGCGUCCUUGACCUCAAUGCUUUUGAAAGACAGAACAAAGCAGAAGGUCUUGGGAUGGUUACAGAGGAAGGAUCAGGAGAAAAGGUGAUGCAGGAUGAUGAGUUUACCUGUGACCUCUUUCGCUUCCUUCAGCUGCUUUGUGAAGGACAUAACUCAGACUUUCAGAAUUAUCUGAGGACUCAGACAGGAAACAACACCACAGUGAAUAUUAUUAUAUCUACAGUUGAUUACCUACUGCGAGUUCAGGAAUCUAUCAGUGACUUCUACUGGUAUUAUUCUGGGAAAGAUGUGAUUGAUGAGCAAGGACAGCGCAAUUUCUCUAAGGCAAUUAAUGUGGCCAAACAGGUUUUCAAUACACUUACAGAAUACAUCCAGGGCCCAUGUACUGGUAACCAGCAGAGUCUUGCACACAGCAGACUGUGGGAUGCGGUGGUUGGGUUUCUUCACGUGUUUGCACACAUGCAAAUGAAGCUAUCCCAGGAUUCCAGUCAAAUUGAGUUACUGAAGGAGUUAAUGGACCUCCAAAAAGACAUGGUAGUUAUGUUGUUGUCAAUGUUAGAAGGGAAUGUGGUUAAUGGAACCAUUGGCAAGCAGAUGGUUGACAUGUUAGUAGAGUCAUCCAACAACGUGGAAAUGAUUCUGAAGUUCUUUGACAUGUUUCUCAAGUUAAAAGACUUGACAUCAUCUGAUACAUUUAAAGAGUAUGACCCUGAUGCUAAAGGCCUGAUCUCAAAGCGGGACUUUCACAAGGCCAUGGAAAGCCACAAACACUACACCCAGUCAGAAACGGAAUUCCUUCUCUCUUGUGCGGAGACAGAUGAGAACGAGCUGCUGGACUAUGAGGAGUUUGUGGAAAGGUUCCACGAACCAGCCAAAGACAUUGGCUUCAAUGUGGCUGUCUUGUUGACCAAUCUGUCUGAGCAUAUGCCUCAUGAUACCCGUUUGCAGACUUUUUUGGAACUUGCUGAGAGUGUGCUUAAUUACUUCCAGCCUUACCUUGGUCGUAUUGAGAUCAUGGGCAGUGCCAAACGCAUCGAGCGGGUCUACUUUGAAAUCAGUGAGUCCAGUCGGACGCAGUGGGAAAAGCCACAGGUGAAGGAGUCCAAAAGGCAGUUCAUCUUUGAUGUGGUGAAUGAAGGUGGGGAGAAGGAAAAAAUGGAACUUUUUGUAAACUUUUGCGAGGACACCAUCUUUGAAAUGCAGCUAGCCGCUCAGCUAACAGGCGAGAGGUCUGCCAACAAGGAAGAGAAUGAGAAGGAUAAGCCUGAAGAGGAGAAUCCCGAAAUGGGGUUCUUCUCCAUUACCACAAUGCGCACGGCUCUCUUUGCACUGAGGUACAACGUGAUGAUGCUCAUGAAGGUACUUUCCAUGAAGAGCCUUAAAAAGCAGAUGAAGAAGAUGAAGAAGAUGACUGUAAAAGACAUGAUCAUGACCCUCAUCUCAUUCUACUGGAGCAUGUUACUGGGACUUUUCCAUUUCACAUUCAGCGUAUCAAGGGGUUUCUUUCGCAUCAUGUACAGCACUUUUCUCGGAGGAAGUCUGGUGGAAGGAGCCAAAAAAAUCAAAGUGGCCGACCUCUUAGCCAAUAUGCCUGAUCCAACGCAGGAUGAGGUCCGUGGGGAGGACGAGGAAAUCGAGAAGAAGCACCCUGACACGGCAAUGCCUUCUGAAGACCUAGCAGACUUAGCAGUUGCCUCUGAUGAUGGUGACCUCCUUUCAGACAUUUUUGGGUUAGAUUUAAGGCGGGAAGGUGGACAAUAUAAACUUAUGCCUCACAAUCCAAAUGCUAGUCUGAGCGAACUAAUUACCUCACCCUCUCCUCCGCUUCCACCACCCUCACCUGUGCUAAGAAGACGACACCAGGGUGAGGGGUUCAAAGAAGAAGAAAGAGAAGAAAAAGAAGAAAAUAAGUCUGAACCAGAAAAGGCAGAAGGGGAAGAUGGUGAGAAGCAGGGAAAGCCAAAGGAAGAGAAACCCAAACAGAAAAUUAGGCAGCACCAUGCCCUGAAAUCAGAUGAGCCAGAAAUACAAGAAUCUGCGUUUUGGAAAAAAAUUCUAGCAUACCAACGAAAGCUGCUUAAUUACUUUGCACGUAACUUCUACAACAUGAGGAUGCUGGCUCUGUUUGUUGCCUUUGCAAUCAACUUCAUUCUCCUUUUCUACAAGGUAUCUACCUCCUCAGCGGUAAUUGAAGAGAAGGGGGUUGUUUACAUGGCCACUGAGAAAGGAAUCCCAAGAUGGAAUGCCAUGGACAGUGGGCCCCAACAAUUUGCCACGGUUCAUUUUGUGCUGGAGGAGAGCAGUGGCUACAUGGAGCCCACACUGAGAAUACUUGCUAUUCUACACACAGUCAUCUCCUUUUUCUGCAUAAUAGGAUAUUAUUGUUUAAAAGUUCCUCUGGUUAUUUUUAAACGAGAGAAGGAGGUGGCACGGAAGCUGGAGUUUGAUGGACUCUACAUCACAGAGCAGCCAUCAGAAGAUGACAUCAAAGGGCAGUGGGACAGACUUGUAAUUAAUACCCAGUCUUUUCCAAAUAAUUACUGGGACAAAUUUGUAAAACGAAAGGUCAUGGAUAAAUAUGGAGAAUUUUAUGGCCGAGACAGGAUCAGUGAGUUACUGGGAAUGGACAAAGCUGCUCUUGACUUCAGUGAUUCUCAAGAGAAAAAGAAGCCAAAGAAAGACAGUUCUUUGUCAGCAGUGCUGAAUUCCAUUGAUGUCAAAUAUCAAAUGUGGAAAUUAGGAGUAGUUUUUACAGACAACUCUUUCCUGUACCUAGCCUGGUAUAUGACGAUGUCGGUGCUUGGGCACUACAAUAACUUUUUCUUUGCUGCACAUUUACUGGAUAUAGCCAUGGGAUUCAAAACCUUACGGACCAUCCUCUCAUCUGUUACACACAACGGCAAACAGCUGGUGUUAACUGUGGGGUUGCUGGCUGUCGUUGUCUACUUGUACACAGUAGUAGCUUUUAAUUUCUUCCGCAAAUUCUACAACAAGAGUGAAGAUGGAGACACCCCUGAUAUGAAAUGUGACGAUAUGCUCACCUGUUACAUGUUUCACAUGUACGUGGGUGUCCGUGCUGGCGGUGGCAUCGGUGAUGAGAUUGAAGACCCAGCAGGAGACGAGUAUGAGAUAUAUAGGAUCAUCUUUGACAUCACCUUCUUCUUCUUUGUAAUUGUCAUUCUGCUGGCUAUCAUUCAAGGUUUAAUUAUUGAUGCCUUUGGUGAAUUACGAGACCAACAGGAACAAGUCAAAGAAGAUAUGGAGACCAAAUGCUUCAUCUGUGGGAUUGGCAAUGACUACUUUGACACAGUACCCCAUGGCUUUGAAACUCACACACUGCAGGAGCACAACUUGGCAAACUAUCUUUUUUUCGUGAUGUAUCUCAUUAACAAAGACGAAACUGAGCACACAGGGCAGGAAUCAUAUGUUUGGAAAAUGUACCAGGAACGCUGCUGGGAAUUUUUUCCUGCUGGAGACUGCUUUCGCAAACAAUAUGAAGACCAGCUAAACUGAAUACAGACUUGGACUCUUUCUUACAGCAACACAAAGAAGGAACAUCACCUUCAGACUUCCUUUGGAAUGCUUUUCGGACAUUGUAUAUAUCGAAUACCUGUAUAUCGUACACUGUGUGCUUUUGGAGCACAAGAGCUGUGUUUUGAUGACUUUAUGCUUCAUCUAUACAUCUGCUU